AUGUUUUUGGCUCAUCAAAUGCUUCUGCAAUUUCUCUCACUUCAGAAGCCACCACCAUUGAUCAACACCUCCUUUCUUCUCAAGUGUACAACCAUCACCUCUUCGUUGCAAUUCGAUGACCAUGGCAAGAACACGAAGAAAAGAAGAACAAACUCAUCUAUGAGUGCUAUGGAGAAAGAAUCCCAUUUUGAAUUGGACCCGGAUAAGGCCAGGGAAGCACUUGCAGAGCUCGAUCAACAGCUUCAAUCACUCUCUCAGAAGCAAGUCACUCCUUCCAAGGAUAGAAGACAGAGAGGGUUGGUAGCUGAAGUACUUACCAUGUUAAGCAUUCACUAUCCCUUGGCUUUUGUCUUUGGACUCCUAGGCAACAUCUUCUCCUUCAUGGUGUUUCUUGCACCCUUGCCAACAUUUUAUAGAGUUUACAAGAAGAAAUCAACAGAAGAGUAUCAAUCAUUGCCAUAUGUGGUUGCACUAUUAAGUUCAAUGCUGUGGAUCUAUUAUGCAUCCUUGAAGCCCAAUGCUUAUUUUCUUAUUACAGUUAACUCAAUUGGGUGCAUCUUGGAAAGUCUCUAUACUGUCACUUACAUGGUUUAUGCACCCAAGAAACAAAGGAUUAUGACUGUCAAGCUUCUGGUCUGGAUGAAUUUGGGCUUCUAUAGUUUGAUCUUUCUCCUAACUUUCUUUUUACUGAAAGGCUCAAACCGUGUCCAAUUUCUUGGAUGGGCUUGUGAUGUCUUCUCUGUGGGAGUCUUCGCAGCCCCUUUAAGUGCUGUGAGACUGGUCAUACGUACCAAGAGUGUCCAGUUCAUGCCAUUCUCCUUAUCUCUGUUACUGACUAUCAGCGCAAUAAUGUGGUUCUCCUAUGGUGUUCUACUGAAGGACUUGCAUAUUGCUCUUCCAAACAUACUGGGUUUCAUCAUGGGAGUGAUUCAGAUGGUUCUAUAUGCCAUGUACAAGGACUCUAACAAGAUUAAAGAGGAGAAGAAGCAAGAACAGCAUGAUCACUUGAGUGAUGUUGGUAAGCUAACUGCAAUAGUAUGUUCGGAGGUGAAUCCUUUUAAGAUCGAUCCAAAGUCCCCAGAUGAUGAGGUGAAUAAAGUGGGCAGUGAUGAUCAAAACAUGCAAGUUAAUGAUGAUCAUCAGUUUGCAGAGAAUGAUGAAGGCUGUAAGAUUCACAUCACAACUCCCAUGGAACUCCAAAUACGCCAAUGUCAAGUUUGA